GGGAAUCUCCCGAAGUUAGCUGAAUAGUACAAAUUGACUACGAUCCAUUUAUGAUCUAUCAUACUUAGAAUGAAUAAUACAAAUAUAGUUGUUUGUCUUUUUUUUCAAUAAUGACUCGAUCACGAAAUCAGUUUACUCAGAAAUUAGUUCACAAGUGAUCUGUCAGAUUUGAAAGGAUAUCCAAAUACUUCCAGUUUGUUACUAUGAAAUAACAAUUCAUAAUAGUAAAAAAUGAUGCAUACUACAAGAGCCAAUACUUCUGAAUGUAGAUUUGAAAUACAAUGUAAGUUAGAGGCCGAACUUGCUUCCUUAGAAGCAUUGAAGGAAGCAGAAGAACGAAGUAGGAAAUUAACUAGUAAUGUUGUUGGAAUUUUAUCUUCUUUGGAACAACGUCUUGCUACAUUACGUCGUACUAUACUUCCUGUUUAUAAUGAAACAGGAACCCUUCAGGCACAGCAGCAAAAUAUAGAACGAACAUUGAAUGCUUUAGAUCAUGCUAUUGGUUACUAUGGUGUCUCUCAGGAAGUAGAAGGAACAGUGCGAGCAGGUCCUGGAGGAUCUGGAGGUUUAGAUAAUUUCUUGGAAGCAAUGAAUCGUCUCUACAAUGCUCAACGUUAUUUUCAAAAAAAUAAUCCUAGUUCAGUAGAAUUAGAAAAUGUAACAAGUUUAUUUGUUAUUGGGCUAGAUGCUUUAUAUGCGGAAUUUCAUGAUAUUUUAACUAGGCAAAGUAAACCAAUUCUUCCGAUUAUUCUUUUGGAUUUAAUUGGUUCAGACGAAGACACUAGUGGCGAAGAUGCCCCACAAUCUCUAUGUCACCUGCCAGAAAGUGUUUUAGGAGAUUUACUUAAAAUUGCAGCAUGGCUUGAAGAAAGAGGACACCGUAAACAUGUAAAAAUUUAUGCAUCCGUGCGAUCCGCUAUUGUUUUAAGAUCAUUACAAUUAUUAAAGGAACAUCAGAGAAGUGCUAGCGGUGGUAGCACGCAUGCAGGAAGUCCGUUACCAAAAACAAAAUUUGGCAAUCGACAUUCACUAGGAAUUCAAGAAAUUAGUGGGAGAAAAGCUUCUAAAAGAUUGCAGCAUGCUCUUGAAAAAAAAGCUAGUAGAAUGUUAUUGAAAGCUUCUCAAACUACUGGCUUAGGAUUGUCCUUAACUGCAUCUAGGAAACCCCCUCCACAAUUAUCUGGGUAUUCUGUAGAGGACACAGCACCAGAUGAACAAGAAAUGGAAAAUUAUUUAUUAUUAACAGUUGGCCUUCACAAACUUAUGCAAGCGGAACGAUCGUUGGUUGCCAAGAUUUUGCCAACCACUUUGCAAGCACAAGUUUUGGAAGCUACUGUGCGUGAAGCUAUGGACCUUGUAGCUCAUGAUGGAGAGAGCAUAGCAACUCGAGCUAAAAGAUGCAUUGUAAGACGCGACUUUUCAGCGGUAUUAGUGAUCUUUCCCAUCUUAAAACAUCUUGGAGAACUAAAACCAGAUUUAGAACGUACCGUAGAGGGCUGUGAUUAUGCUCUUAGGUCAAAAUUUACUUCUGUGUUGAAUACGCUAAACGUUACCGGAGCGAAAGCAUUAGAUGAUUUUGCAGAAAGUGUUCGAAACGAAUCUAAUUCGAUUUUACCUAAGGAUGGUACAGUGGCAGAAAGUACAAGUAAUGUUCUAGUCUUUCUGGAACAACUAGCAGAAUAUGCGGACAUUGCAGGUGCUGUCUUGAAACGUAACAUUGAUAUGGAUAGUACUUCAUCUGCCAAACAAACGGAAAAUAUGUACAAAACUGUUUUGGGUAGUUAUAUUAAGAAGGUAUUAGCACAAUUAAACUUAGUGCUUGUAAAUAAAAGCGACACUUCAUAUUCAGACACUGCACUACGAGCUCUUUUUCGCUUAAAUAAUCAUAACCACGUUAUAAAUGCUCUACGUCGUAGUUCUUUAAUGGAUCUAUUACUAUUAGCGGAGCCUAAUGCAGAACAGACAUAUCAUGAUCUUUUAUUACGUAAUAAAGCCUAUUACGUUUCUACUACUUUUGCAAAAGCUCGUAGUUUUCUCGAACAGCCCUUUGAUGAACCAGAGCCAGCAGCUAAAAGUUUAAAAGAAAAGUUUUUAGGAUUUACAAGAGAAUUAGAAGAAGUUGCAAAGUGUCAGCGUUCAUAUUCCGUACCUGAUGCUCGACUGCGAGAAGAGUUACGAAAAGAACUUCAACAAGCCAUCGUUCCUCUUUAUACAAGUUUUCAUAAUAAAUAUCGCGGAAUUUCAUUUUCCAAAAAUCCAGCUAAAUAUAUAAAAUACACUCCUGAACAAAUAUCUGUAUUAAUUGAUACAUUCUUUGACACGACAGCAUAAUAAAUAAAUACAAAAAUUUAAUAAACACCCAUUUAAUAAAGCAUAUUUAGUUACAGUAUUUAUGAUACUUUUUAUGGACUGAAUCCCCAUUCCCCGGAUAGAUUGCACAGGUCAGUGGAUCUGCAACGAUUGAAAUAGAUCUCGGUCCAGCCCCACUUUAUAUAUAUUUAUAAUAUAUAUAUAAAAAACAAGUAACGUUCAAUUUAGAUUUAGUAGCUUAUACAUGUAAAAUGAUAAUAAUAGGAAUACAGUUUGAACCAUUUAUGUACAAUUGUUUGCUAUAGAAUAAUUCCAUCCUCUGUCUUUAUUUCUUGGCAUUUAUAUGCAUUCUUUUAAACAUUCAUUCACACUUAUUAAUUUUCUCCACCUCUGAUGUCGAACUUUUAUAUUUUAUCUCUUUACCCAUGUUGUGCGUAUCAAUUACAGCAAAAAUGCAGCAACAUGAAGAAACAGCAGAAGCAGAGAAUUAAAAUCACACUUUUAUCGCUCACUUCUAAAACUUACAUAACUAUCUUAUACCAUGGUAUGUAUUUAGUAAUAUCAACCAAUUUAGUUAAAGGUGAAAAU